ACACGGGACUGGUUUGUGUCUGACAACAGAUCCUGCACGCCAAGGUGAAUGGCCCGCAGUGGGUGUACCCGGCCUCACCGGCUCUGCAAGGGGAAAAUGCUGGCCGUGGGGGUGCUGGCCGGCCUCUCCGUGCUCAGCCUGCUCACCUACGGCUACCUGUCCUGGGACAGCCUCCGCUUCGGCCCCGGAGAGACGGAGGCGACAAGGACCGGGCUCAGAGAGGAGCCAGGGGCCAGCGCGCCCGGCUCGCAGCCUCACAUCGUCUUCAUCCUGGCCGACGAUCAGGGAUUCAGAGAUGUAGGGUACCACGGAUCGGAGAUCAGGACGCCCACUCUGGACAAGCUAGCUGCUGAAGGGGUUAAACUGGAGAACUAUUAUGUUCAGCCUAUGUGCACACCAUCCCGAAGCCAAUUUAUCACUGGAAAGUAUCAGAUACACACAGGACUUCAGCAUUCUAUUAUAAGGCCUACGCAGCCCAACUGUUUACCUCUGGAUAACGUGACACUACCUCAGAAGCUGAAAGAGGUUGGUUAUUCAACACACAUGGUUGGCAAGUGGCACUUGGGGUUUUAUCGCAAAGAAUGCAUGCCCACACAGAGGGGAUUUGAUACUUUUUUUGGCUCACUCUUAGGCAGUGGUGAUUAUUACACUCACUUCAAAUGUGACAGCCCUGGGAUAUGUGGCUAUGACCUGUAUGAGAACGACAAUGCAGCUUGGGAUCAUGACAAUGGCAUCUACUCAACACAGAUGUACACACAAAAAGUACAACAAAUCUUAGCUUCUCAUAACCCCAGGAAACCUAUAUUCUUAUAUAUUGCUUACCAAGCUGUUCAUUCACCUCUUCAGGCACCAGGCAAGUAUUUUGAACAUUAUCGAUCAAUAAAUAACAUAAACAGGCGAAGAUACGCUGCCAUGCUAGCUUGUUUAGAUGAAGCCAUAAACAACGUAACUCUUGCUUUAAAGAAGUAUGGUUACUAUGAGAACAGCAUUAUCAUAUACUCUUCAGAUAAUGGCGGGCAGCCAAUGGCUGGAGGAAGUAACUGGCCUCUCAGAGGAAGCAAAGGGACCUAUUGGGAAGGAGGAAUCCGUGCUGUUGGUUUUGUCCAUAGUCCCCUUCUGAAAAACAAAGGAUCUGUGUGUAAGGAGCUUGUGCACAUCACAGACUGGUUCCCUACUUUGAUCACACUGGCAGAAGGGCAGAUUGAUGAAGAUAUCCAGCUGGAUGGCUAUGAUAUAUGGGAAACCAUUAGCGAAGGCAGACGUUCUCCAAGGGUAGACAUCUUACACAAUAUUGACCCUAUUUACACCAAAGCCAAAAAUGGGUCCUGGGCAGCAGGCUAUGGGAUCUGGAACACAGCAAUCCAAUCAGCCAUCAGAGUGAAUCAUUGGAAACUACUGACAGGAAAUCCAGGAUACAGUGACUGGGUACCUCCUCAGGCUUUUAGCAAUGCAGGCCCCAAUCGCUGGCAUAAUGAGCGUGUCUCUUGGUCAGCAGGCAAAACAGUGUGGCUUUUCAACAUAACUGCUGAUCCAUAUGAACGAGUGGACCUUUCUGCAAGGUAUCCAGAUGUAGUGAAGGAGUUAUUGCGGAGACUUUCGCAGUUCAAUAAGACUGCAGUUCCUGUUCGAUACCCACCUAAGGACCCGAGAAGUAACCCUAAGCUUAAUGGAGGAGUCUGGGGUCCAUGGUUUAAGGAGGAUGAAAAGAAAAAAAAAUCAGAUAAAAAUAAGGGUGCGAACAAACAGAAGAAUAAGAACAAGAAAAAAGCAAAUCGGAAAAAAGGGCAAUCAUUACGUUGCCAUUCACGUCUUGCUGGUGGAUAGACUUGAGCACAUUCUUUUCUUCUGCCAAGUCUAAGUCAGCUUGGCCCAGCUUUCUUGAACUUCUGACAGAACAUACUAGAAAUGUCAGCUCUGCACUAUGGAUGAAAACCGUCACCUUUUUUUGUUCUCAGAUUUCACCUGCACAAGAUAUCUUAAGACUCUGCCUUGAGUGUUAUGUAAAUGUCCACAUGACAACCUUUCUCCUCUACAGGACGAAUGGUGCUCACCCAUCAGAACUACAUUCCAGAUAACAAUGGAGAUGACUCUGAAUUUCAGUAAUCCCAUUUUUGACAGACAAAUGGUGGGGUGAUUCCAUGCCUAGAUUAGUCUGCGUAUUCGGAGAGUGUGAGGAAGUUAAUGGUAGAUGUUCUCAAACAGACAGAUCAGUCAUAGGGAGGAAGGAAAAACAAAACUUAACUUCUAUUCAUCAAAGUGUUAGUAACCAGGCUAUGAUUUUUUUGAUACAGCACAGCAAUAACACAAAGCCAUCAAAGGAACCUUUUUGGGGGAAAGGGGGUGUACGUAUGUGUGUUGAGGGGGAGCCUGAUAGAAGGAAAGCUGCUUUGAAUUAGACUGUGUCUAUCUUACAUAAAUCAGAAUUUUAUUUUUCAAUUCCCUAGUUGUGCUAAGCUUCCUUGCUUCCAGUAAAAACAAAAGGCUGUUAUUCAGCACAUGUGAACAA